AUGGCAGCUCAACUGAGGUGUGGGAACGAAAGGAAGAAGGAGUGGAGGAGCAGCAGACGUGUUAGUGAUGAGAGAAAGAUCCGGAGACAGGCUGAGCGUAAAGGCGAUCUGAUUGGCUCGGACUCCCUGACGAAGGAGCAGGUGAUUAAGACCAACGCCAACGUGAAGGCGCUGACGUACUGCGACCUGCAGUACAUCAGCCUGAAGGGGCUGCGCGAGGUCCUGCGCCUCUACCCCGAAUACGCCCAGAAGUUCAUCUCAGAGAUCCAGCACGACCUCACCUACAACCUGAGGGAGGGCCACGGCGCCGACGUGGACUGGGAGAGUAACGGCGGUCUGGUGAAGAAGCUGCCGUCGAUCCGUGAGGAUGAGGAGGGUGAUGAAGAUCAGAGCUCGGUGUCCCGCCCCGCCCGCUCCCCCCUGAGGCUCAGCAGGGCGCUGAACUCCCCCCUGCGCUCCCCCCUCCUCCCCCCCAGGCCCUUCAGAGCCCCCUCAGAUCUCAACAGACCCGCAACUCUGCAGAUCCCCGUGGUCAGUUUCUGCAGCGCAGCUCCUCCAGAAGUCAGCCCCAGAUUCGUGGACGGCAUUGAAACGGACACCAACUCUCUGUGCUCUCAGAAGUUUGAGUUCAGUCCCAGCAUGUCGCCUGCAGUAUCGCCCUCCCCUUACACAGGGAAUCGGCAGCCCUCUGAGAUCAAGCAGAGUGUUUCUAAACUGGCUGAGGAGAUGAACAGCCUCACUAAGCAGGUGUCACUUCUCAGUCAGGAGCUGCAGGAGAUGACCCGCCUCCUGAAGCCCCUCCUCCAACAAUCCCCUCCUCCAAUCCUGAUGACCAUGAUGCCUAAUCUAACCCCGCCUCCCAGCAGCAGCGCCAGCCAAUUAUCAACGAGCACCUGCUUGGUCCCGCCUCCCCUAUCUUCUUCUUCCUCACCGAGACCAGACUCUCACUCCCUGUUGGACGGGGGAGACAUCGAGGGUGUGGAUUUGCCAGGAUGCCUCUUACCGACUCCCCCUUCACCAAAAAGGCUUAAUUUGUCUCCAAAACUUAAACGCGCCAACCCCAACCCUCCCUCCCUUGAGGAAGGACUCCCUGAGGGUCCUUUAGUCCUCCCUGAGGGUCCUUUAGUCCUCCCUGAGGGUCCUCUCCCCCUCCCUCCCUCCCCUGCUAACGGGAUCUAUCUCCCCUUUCUGCAGGACCAGCCUCCUUCCCCUUCACUUUCCCUCUCCUUCUCCAUGUCUCUUUGCUCCUCACCCUCUUUCUCCACAUGCCUCCUACCUCCUCCUCCCACCCAGGACACCCCCCCUCCUCGCCCAGCAUACUCCCACUGUUCUGCACCCCCCUCCCUCACAUCCUCUCCAGGCGACCACUCCACGGUCUCCGCCUCUCGGCCCAUGUCUCUGGACUUUGUUAGGAGAAAGCAGGGAGACAUCAUCCCCCCUUGGUGCAACUCACAGCUGACCAAACCCCCCCCACAGGAGCUGGAGAUGCAGGAGAUGUGGGGGAGACAGGUGGGGGAGGAGGGGAGGAACUCCACAGAGCACAUCAGCUUCAUCGAUGAAGAGGAGCCGGCGUUAUUAACUGUUAAAACUGACUGAAAAGGAAACUAAGUAGCAGAAAUGAGAUCAGAUCAGGGAAAGUGACUGAAAUCACACACAGGAAGUGAUUUUUCAGACAGGGAAUGCUUACAGGACAGACAGGAAGUGAUUAAAUACUUACAGGACACACAGGAAGUGAUGGAAUGCUUACAGGAUACACAGGAAGUGGUUUGUCGGACAGGAAAUGCUUACAGGACACACAGGAAGUGAUUUGUCAGACAGGAAAUGCUUACAGGACACACAGGAAGUGAUUUUUCAAACAGGAAAUGCUUACAGGACACACAGGAAGUGAUUUGUUAAACAGGAAAUGCUUACAGGACACACAGGAAGUGAUUUGUCAAACAGGAAAUGCUUACAGGACACACAGGAAGUGAUUUGUCGGACAGGAAAUGCUUACAGGACACACUGUCACUACCCGAUCUGUCC